AUGGCGCAAAACGUCAAGCGAAAUCCGAAGUGUUUUUACGCUUAUGUUCAAUCUAAGCGCAACACUCGGGAAACGGUUGGUACUCUGGAAUCGUCGACCGGGAAGUCAGCAGUGAGUGAAGGGGACAGAGCACGCAUUCUGUUAGAGUUCUUCAAAAGCACGUACAGGAUACCCAGGGUGACAGAUAACCUGCCAUCAGUUGAUGAUGACUGCACGAUGCCCCCAAUCAUUGUGGGAACGCAUGAUGUGCAGCGGGAGUUGGCGGGGCCGAAUAGGUUCAAGGCGGCGGGACCCGACGGAAUUCACCCAGCGAUUGUGCAACCGCUGGCUGACGUCAUAGCAGGGCCGAUCUUAGAGUUAUUUAAAGAGUCGCUUAGACUGGGAUCUGUUCCGAACGACUGGCGCAAAGCUACAGUAGUGGCAAUACACAAGUCUGGAUCCCGGCAAAAAGCCGAGAAGUUUGACAGCAGUAAUAUGUACAACAUCCAUCAUACAACUGUGGAACUAUCUGGCAGUCAAAGCUCACAAGUGCAAGAACCUGGACGUUCACCGGCCGAGGCCUACAGUCUUGUGACCUCACCUGACCUGAACAUGUAA